AUGCAUGGCGCAGCCGCUUUAGAUCCUAUGCACAUGAUGCUGAUGGGCGGAAGUUUACCCUACCAAAUGCCAUCUGACCUAUCUGCGGUAGGUAUGACAUCGUUCGACCAGGCUGGUCCCGCUCUUGCCGCCCAACCUUUACCUUCCUACAACAGUGCCUUCUUUCCAGCUGGACCAAGUGGAAUCCUGGCACCGGAAGCAAAACCGUCAAUCGAUAUUAAACCACAAAUCAAUAACAGUGAACAAGAUAUACAACCGGUCGAACAACACUAUAUGGGCGCUUCCAAUAAAAACUUGGAUGCGACUCUCUACGCUAACGCCGGUCCGUCAACGAUGGCUGCACUGAUGCCUGGCUAUGGCAGUGCUGCUCCAUGGUCACUGCCAACGAUCAACUCAUUCUCAGAUCAAGAUACUACCUCUCUCUACACAUAUAAUGGAGCCACUCUCUACGCUAACGCCGGUCCGUCAACGAUGGCUGCACUGAUGCCUGGCUAUGGCAGUGCUGCUCCAUGGUCACUGCCAACGAUCAACUCAUUCUCAGAUCAAGAUACUACCUCUCUCUACACAUAUAAUGGAGCCGUAUGA